AUGUCAGGCAGAUCAUCCACCCCUCCCAAGCGCCGCGCCUCGGGCUCUACCGACCGGCACGCCACCUCCAUCAAGGCCUCCCGGAUGUCCGCUACCGCCGCCGAGUUCACUCCUGCUUCUUCUACCACCCCUGCCUCCGCCUCCGCGCUUGCUGAUCCGGUCGCACAGCAGCUGAAGUCUGACAAGGAUGGGAUCAUGAGCUCGACAGGCCAGUCGGAAGCGACCAAGCGGGCCAUGGCGGAUGCUGUGGCGGCGUCGAGGGUCACCAAGCCUCUUCCGGGGAGUAGGCGGACAGGGGUGGGCGCGGACUUUGUGCCCAAGCAGGCGGAGGUGCCGAAGGGCGCAGAGGCGAAGGAGGGAACGAGGAGGCUGAUUGUGGUGCUGUCGCAGGCCUGCCUGGAAGCGUACAAAGUGUCUUCAGGCUCAGCGUCCAAGACCGCCCCUGGUAAAGAAGCCAAAUACGCCCUGCUCAACUGCGACGACCACCAGGGUAUCCUCGCCAAGACAGGAAGGGAUAUCGCCGACGCCCGACCAGACAUCACACAUCAGUGCCUCCUCACCCUGCUCGACUCGCCCUUGAACAAAUCCGGCCUGUUGCAGGUAUACAUCCAUACGGCCAAAGGCGUGCUCAUCGAGGUCAACCCGAGCGUACGGAUACCGCGUACCUUCAAGCGAUUCAGCGGUCUCAUGGUGCAAUUACUCCACAAACUCAGUAUUCGCGGUGUGCAGGGAAGCGAGAAGCUCCUCCGUGUCAUCAAGAAUCCAGUCACCGAUCAUUUCCCCACAAAUACCAUCAAACUCACGCUCUCGGCCGAUGCUCCCACUGUUCGAUUAUCGAAAUUCCUCCCUACCCUGCCAGAAUCGCAUUCUAUAGCCGUCUUUGUCGGAGCUAUGGCACGAGGCGCAGACAACUUUGCCGAUCAAUGGGUCGACCAGAAAAUCUCGAUAUCAGACUACUCGCUCUCUGCUUCUGUCGCAUGUGGAAAAUUCUGCUGUGCUAUGGAAGAGCUUUGGGAUAUCGUCUGA